CACCCUUCGCUUCCUUCCAUCAACCUCGUCCACCAUCUGCGCGAGGCCCGACCUGCAGUACGCUACACGGUGUAUGCUGGCCUGGGACUCAUGGCAACCGUCGAGUCUACCUUUUGGUUCCACGUUCUGCGGGCCAAGUUCUUCCCCCGAGCCACCCAAGCAGACCGGCAGCGAGAUGAUGAACUGCUUGACAGCUUCAAGAGCGCCAUUGCGGGCGUCCGACAAGCGUGGAUGGGCAACUACCAAAGGUACUAUGGAGCCCAUCUAUGGGGUCUGGGC